AAAACCCUGAUCCUACAGUAUUUAAAUGAACUCCUGAAGUCCUUCAGUCAUAGUCUCACUGACCUAGACAUAACACAAGCACAGUUGAACGAGAACAAGAAGACAAUGAAGACUAUUGCAGCUUUUGUUCUUCUCGUCUGCCUGAUCGCUGUAGGGGUGAAAGGACAGGACAGGUCUUCAAAGGGCAGGUGCUUCUGUGCAGACAAAGGUGCAAACAUGGUUUUAGUGAAGAACAUCGAGAAGGUUGAAAUCAUCCCUCCAAGUCCAUCUUGUCGCAAACAUGAGAUUAUUGUCACUCUGAAGAAUGGUGCAGGAUGGAAAUGCAUGAAUCCAGAGUCAAAAUUCACUCAAAAUGUCAUCAUAAAGGCUCUUGAAAAGAGAAGCCAGCAGACAGCUCCACACAGUACAACUGCCUCUGUGCCUCUGAAGAACACCAUGACUUCAUCAUCAGCACCAACAUCCUUCAAAUGACUUCAGAUGAAAUAAUAUUUUAUUCUGCCUCAUAAAUUGGAGUUCAGUAUAUUAAAAAAAAAAAAAAAAAAACUUUAAACGUAAAAAUAUUUCCUAAUAUCUAAGCUGAUUAAAUUAUUUUUAUCUGACCACUGGCUGGUUUACAAAAACUUUUUCACAAAUGUGUCAUAUGUAUACAGUCUUUUUAUAAUUUGCUCUAUGAUUGUAUUUUCAUUAUCUAUAAUGAUGUGUCAAAUAAAACUUUUAUAUCUAUCUUUUAAAUCUA